AUGAGAAUAUUAAAUGGUAGCCGGGGCGAAGGCUCGCUCCGCCAAUGGACGCCGGCCGGGGUCCCACCGCCUCGUAUCAAUUUAUUAGAAACGAAUGAGAAUCACCGCUGCGGUCGCGCCGGUGCGAUACGCGUUCUGCGGUCGCGGAUCGCAUCCUGCGCAAGAGUGGCGGAUCGCGGCAUUGCGCCGUUUACGACGUCCGUAACACCGGCAAUAAAAUGCCAACAAUGGUGUACGAUGCGGCUGAGAGGCGACGCGACUACGCCGGAUCAAUGCAACAAUGGUAGCGACUAUCUACGGGCCGCGCGAAAAACCUGCGCACGCGGCGUUAUGCGCGCACGCAAAUGA